AUGGUGUCGUCCACCUAUUCGACCGUCGGUCUGCUUCAGUUGAUUGGACCGGACCUUCGUCAGUCGCUGUCAGGCCUUCUGAUUCCAUCAGAGGCGAUUGUUUUAGAGGCCAUCGUCGGCAAAGGCUAUUUCGGUAAUGUAUAUCGUGGCCUCUUGCGAGACACCUCCGGACGAGCUCAGCCGGUGGCAGUGAAAACGCUGAAAGGGGAACGAUCACGUGACAUCGCCCAUAUUGAGAAGUUUCUUCGAGAAGGCGUGAUCAUGAAGCAUUUUGAUCACCAACAUGUGCUGUCCUUAAAAGGCAUCGCCAUUUCGCCUUCGGGCACACCUUGGGUAGUCUUGCCGUACAUGGAAGGCGGCGAUCUCAAAACCUACAUUGGAGAUCCUAAUAGGGCUCUAUGCGUCCUGGAGCUCUUGGACUUCGCCUAUCAAGUAGCCCAAGGAAUGGCCUAUUUAGCUGCCCAGCACUUUGUCCAUCGAGAUCUUGCCGCAAGAAACUGCAUGAUAUCAGCUAAUCGAGUGGUCAAAGUCGCCGAUUUUGGUUUGGCCGUUGAUUUACUCGACAAAGAAUCGUAUAUCGAUGAAUCGGAAACCGGACCCGCUCGUCUACCGCUCAAAUGGCUCGCACCGGAAAGUCUACGGGAUCGACGGGUGUUUAAUGUGGCGACCGAUGUGAUACGACUUAAUGCAGUGCUGUUGGCGAUCGUUGCCCGACGAUCGACCCGAUUUUGCAUUUCUUGUGCACCGAAUAAGAGCUUUAUUACAGGUGCGUCACUAUUUAUCGGAUUGCUUAGGAGAACACACCAGAUCCGUACACUCGACGGUUGCGGCUUGGAGCCGAGUCAUUUCUCCUUCCAGUGCUACCCGGCCGACAUUUCACCAAUUACUUUGCCAGUCAACUUCAUCGAUGACAGCUACGGCUCAAUCGAUCGUAUCUAUGUACUAUGUCUAGUUGUGCUAUACGACUUAAUGCAGUGCUGUUGGCGAUCGUUGCCCGACGAUCGACCCGAUUUUGCAUUUCUUGUGCACCGAAUAAGAGCUUUAUUACAGGAGAACACACCAGAUCCGUACACUCGACGGUUGCGGCUUGGAGCCGAGUCAUUUCUCCUUCCAGUGCUACCCGGCCGACAUUUCACCAAUUACUUUGCCAGUCAACUUCAUCGAUGA